AGUAGCGAGUGGUACAUUGAAGGCAGAGCAGUGAUAGAGAAUUAGGCACCAUGUACCUUGCGGCUCUGGUUUUGCUUCUCUUGUUGCCCCCCUCACUCCAGAAAUCCCGGGAUUUCUACACCUUUAAGGUGGUAAAUAUCAGGGGCAAGCUGGUGUCGCUGGAGAAAUACCGUGGGUCGGUGACUCUGGUGGUGAAUGUAGCAAGUGAAUGUGGAUUUACAGAUUCCCACUACAAAGCACUGCAGCAGCUGCAGAGGGACCUGGGAUCUCACCACUUCAAUGUUUUGGCAUUUCCAUGCAACCAGUUUGGACAGCAAGAACCAAAUAGCGACCGAGAAAUUGAGAACUUUGUCAGAAAGAAUUACAGUGCAUCCUUCCCCAUGUUCAGUAAAACUGCAGUCACUGGCUCUGGUGCCAAUACUGCCUUCAAGUACCUAAUAGAAUCCUCUGGAAAAGAACCGGACUGGAACUUCUGGAAAUACUUAGUUGGGCCGGAGGGUAAAGUAGUUGAUGCUUGGGGUCCAACAGUCUCUGUAGCAGAAGUGAGGCCUCACAUCACCAGUCUUGUGAGGAAUAUAAUUCUGAAAAAGAAAGAUGAACUUUGAGACAUUUUCUGGACGAGUGUUGAAAGCUUAUUGAUCAUUCCUUUUAUUUGUUUUAAAGACAUCAAUAUGAAAAUGUCUAGAAUAUUUGAAUAUUGAGAAUGACUGUGGUAUUGCCUUGGAUCUGCUGGCGUCUUAUUAUAAAUUUCAUAUUACAGUAAAAUGAGUUGUCAUGUCUCAGGAAACCACUGUGUAAAAAAACACAAUACAUGACAAAUGCAAGCAAAUAUGACAGAUUCUCUCUUUUUUUUAGUUAAACUGUUUUCUGGCUAUUUUUACUUAGUAAAAUCAGUAAACAGUAAACACUGAUUAAAGAGUGCAUUUUUCUCACUGCCAAGUCAACAUUUGUAUGUUGUGUCAUGAAUGAAAUAUGGAUAUUUUGCAAAUUCUAAAUAAAAAAGGUCUGUUAUUUGCUACAA